AUAAGGAGGGUCAACUGGUGCCUAAAGCUCCAGAUUACCAGAGUCAAUAAAAGCCAGUGUGUGUGCAGCUCGUGUGCAAUGUGACUUCCCCACAUCCUGCCUAAAACCUGCACCAUCUGCUCCAACAACUGGCUUUGGCUUUUUUAACACAUCAUCUUAAAAUCAUAAAAAGCUCACAGCCAGUCUCUUCCACACCUCAUCACAAUGCCUCAUCGCGUCUGCUCUGUUGAGAUUAGCAACAACUCCAGCUACUACACUCUCGCCAACCCAAGGGUGUUCACCGAGAGCGGCUGCUGUGAGAUCCCUCUGCCACCCAUGGUGGGCCCCUGCUCCACUGCCACCGCUCUGUUCAAUAAGACCACCGGCAGUGCGACCGGCACCGUCGGCGUCUUCACCUAUGACCUUAUCAAUAAUGAGAUGAAUGACUUUAGCCACAUUAUGGCCAUCAUGUACUCGGUGCCCUAUGACCGAAACCUCUACUCCAACUGGUUUGCUGUGGGGAUCUUUGACAGAGGGAACGACUGCGACUACAACCUGUAUGACAUCAUGUAUAAUGGCAGUCAAGAUAACUUUGUGAGAAUGAAGGCUGAUGGCUCCUGCAUUUCAUAUGAGGGUGAUUAUGUUAUUGUCAGUGCCUCCAUGUCAGACUCAGGUGAAGCUGUCCUGAGGGUGGAUGUCAGUGACAACAGCAUGUAUUGAGAUCCUACUGUUGUUGGUGGAGGCCAUCCACACCAAGAACGAUAACUAGAACUAUAAAGAGAUCGUUUUAAAAAUGGUUCCAAAUCAAGUGGAUGGUGGAGUCCACACAACAGCUAUAACGACAACGAAAGUGGCAAAUGCUAUUGCUUGGAUCACGCCUAGAGGCAAUUUCAUGAAAAACUAUAAGCCAAUCAGUUUUCUUUUUGUUUUUAUUUCUAUGAAUAUAGUCAUCAAUAAUUGAUUGCUCUCCCUGACUGCAGAAGAUUCUGGCCAGUAGAUGGUGCUGUUGACUGCUAUUAGGAGAAGAAGGUAAAAGAAAAAAAGUCCCUUAUGUCAAAUAAAAAACAUCACCUUAAUAUGAUGAUUUAUCGGCUCGAAAACAAAUUUUGAGUUUAGAUCCAAAUCCUCUGAAUCUGAAGUCUUCAGUUUGGGUGUCAUCAGUAAAUUUUAGGGACUUUUUUUUUUUUUUUUUUUUUACAAAAUAAAGUUGAAGGAGUGCUCACAAUAUUGGCUUCUUAACUGCAGCUUAUCUCGCUCAUUUAGGAUUUAGGAAUAACCUUUAAUGGUAUAAUCACUCAAUCACGGCUAUUACCUGCUAUAUGAAAUAUUAUUGGGCCUCAGAUUUCACAAAACAGUAUUUUUUUUCUUGAGCCAUGCAGCCAAACGCUCUCUGGCACUGAUGGGGUCUCUGAUGUUGGUUUUGUCUUUAAUGAUGUGCUCUUUUACCAUCGCCACAACGUCAGCAAACUGAUGUUGACUCAGACCAAAGGAUGAAUGACACUUGUCUGCAAAAGACGACAGCUCCUGUUUUGAUUCUCCCAGUUCCUGUUAUCCUUCUAGCUUUCUGUUUGUUUCUCCUCAGCCUCCUCGCAGCGUACAGUAGUAGCAGCUCGUCAACAUCCAUUUUCAUGGAGUGUGUAGUGCGUGAUCGGCCCUGCUAUUUACAGCACGCUGUUGUUCAUCAGUGUGGAUGCUCACAGUUAUCGUUGUAGUUAUGGCUACAGUUAAAGUGCUUGAUGUGGAUGGCUUCUAAGACAGAUGAGAUGAUCACAGUCAUUUAAAUGCAAUAUUUCAAUUAGCUGAUAAAGUUGGUCACAACCUAAAGUGGCACUCAUUAAUCAAUAUAUUUAAAUUAGGAGUGCAUAUGAUUGUAUACUAAAUAUUGGUUAUUUUAAGGUGUUAUUUUUAAAAAGUUGAUGCCUUAUUCAAAA